AUGCUUUCCACAUACCUCAGGGAUUACAACUUCAACUUCAUCCUAGCGGACAAUGCACUUGGCUUCCAGAAGGCAGAUGAGCAGACCGUCGCCAUGAUCCUCCAGAUGAAGAUGCUUCUCAAGGAUCGAGCGCCAGAUUCGGAAUUUGCUCCGCUGGUCGAGAUCUGCACUGCGAACGCGCAAGCCCAGCUCGAGCUUUUGGGAAUCCAGAACACCAUCAACACUAUCUCUAUGAUGUCUAAAGCCAUGGCCCUGGUAGCCAUCGACACGCUGGCGCAUGGCGUCCUUUCCGACCUACUUUCGGCCUCGGGCAACAACAUGGACAUCAUGCCCCUCCGCGACUACCUUGGCCAGCAGCCCCUGCCCUCGCAGAUUUCGUUCGUGGAGGCCACUGCCAUGGUCAACAGAGCAGCACAGCAGGCUUGGGUGGUUUAG